GUCCUCAUUCCAACACACUAGGUGGCGCUAAUGCACCGCAAUGCCGGUUGCCACCAUCAUAACUCGGGGGAAAGCAGCAGCAGCAGCGGCAGCAGCGCCAUUUCACCUUUCAUUCAUUGGUACCGAGGCCUACGUCGUCGUGUAGUGGCAACACAGAACGUCACCAUGGUGAAAAUUUUUAUCGGCAACCUUGCCUGCAAUACCACACCCGAGGAGCUACGCGAACUCUUUGAGAAGUACGGUAAAGUAUCAGAAUGUGACAUCGUCAAGAACUAUGGCUUUGUCCACAUGAACAACGUGGCCGAAGCGGAGGAGGCCAUUCAGAACCUCCACCAGCACCAGUUGAACGGCUGGCGCAUGAACGUGGAGAUGAGCAAAGGGAGGCCCAAGUCCACCACCAAGCUGCACGUCAGUAACCUCGGUGAAGGGGUCACCUGUGACGUCCUGCGAGCCAAGUUUGAAGAGUUUGGCACAGUGGUGGAGUGUGACAUUGUGAAGGACUAUGCCUUUGUUCACAUGGAGCAAAUGGAUGAUGCCAUGGAUGCCAUCGGCAAGCUGGACAACACAGCCUUCAAAGGCAAGCUGAUGAACGUACAACUGUCCACCAGUCGGCUUCGCACUGCCCCCGGAAUGGGAGAUCAUACCGGCUGCUUUGUCUGCGGGAAACAUGGUCACUGGUCAAAAGACUGUCCAGUGAGUCGGAACAGUAGCUACGGCGACGACGCGAGAGAUCUCGGCGGCCGGGCCCCCCCCCACGGUCCCCCAGGUUAUGGCAGGGGUGGCUACGGGAUGGCCCCCCCUCCAGCUGCUGAUUUCAUGGGUGGCCCUGCGUAUAGUCAGGGUAGUCAUGUAGAUGGGUUGCCGCCCCCCCCUCGUAGGCUCAGUGGCUACGGCUCUGAGCUUGGGGAUAUGUAUGGAGGCAGACCAGCAGGCCCCUAUGCUGACAGGUCAUCAGCUUAUGAUCAUGACAGUCUCUAUAACAGUGUUGACUAUUAUGAGAAGUACAGAGCUCGGCCUUACGGCUCAAGCUAUUUCGAGGAUCGUCGGAUGUCCUAUCUCCCCCCUCCCCCUCCCCCACCCCCUCCUUCCUCCAUCUCAAAGCUCUCCUCCAGUGUAGAUCCAUAUGAUCGUCGGCCAAUGCCUCCACCUGCACCGGCCUCUUCGGCUGGCGCAUACUAUGCACAAGACGAGAUCAGACGAGUGCCGGUCUCUUCGGGAGGCUACACCUAUGAGCGAACACAGCUGUCACCGGUGUCUUCCAGGGGCAGCUACUCUGUUCCACGACCCAAGGAUCAUUAUGCGCCACGAUACGCGCCUUACUAAAACCACGCUGCCAAGGUGAGCAACAUAGUAAAUAAAUUUGACGGAUUAUUUGAUUUCUUUGUUAAUGGGACACAAUACCGUAAAACAUUGCUGGUCAGUGUGCACUGGGACCUGGCAAAUUUUUUGAAGUUGCGAAACCCUUUGAAAACUGUGCUGCAGAUAAUUGGGGAUUAAACCCCCUUUCUGAAAAGGGAUUGCUUUGCUCUCUUUCUUAGGUCUGUUUGUGAACCGCGGGACUUUUCCUUUGCCAUCAUAACUUCGAGCUUCACGAUUCCAUCAGUCUGCGCACUGAGCGGCAAGCGUAUGAGAUGCGGAAAUUCGGUUUGUAAAUUGUGUCGGCAUCUUCGAGGCACCAGAGAUGCCAGUUGCCUGCAGAUGAAUCGUCCUUUCAGUCACAUUCACAUAUUCUGUUUUCAAUAAGUAUGAUUAGCAAAGUACACUGUUUAACAUGUCUGUAUGAAACAAUAUAUUUUCUAGCUUACCCUGCAGGUUUUCAGCUCAGUUUUUUUGUCUUUUUCUUUCUUACCUGCAUUUUUUUCCUCACAUGAUGCAAAUUGUGAAAUGCAGCAAAUGUGAAUUGUUUAUCAUGAAGAACAACGCUGGAUUUAUACCUCUGCGUAAAGAGACUAUGCCAUACCUACUGUGGCUUCAGGCAUAGGCUUUAACAUUACAUUGUUUGCUAUGCUAUAGCUGACGUGACAUGCGCCUCCUCAAAAAUUUAACCACAAGACAGGGAUGGAGACCUCCUCUGCGUAGAGUAAGAACUGUGAUUGGCUGCUGGCGUUUUCCCCUGAAUCUUACUGAUUCGGGCAGCGUUUGUAGGGAAUGAAAACACCAUUAAGGAACUCGAUGACUCUCAGAAGGCUUCUGCUCCUCCUUAUUCAGUAAUUAAACACAAUGAAAUGAUGUUAACUGGCUGUAACUCUCACUAUAUAAAUCGCCGUUGCUCUGUAUCAAAGUUAAUGAAAGAAUCUUCACAGAUAGUGUGGAGAUUAUAAAGCGUGAUCAUGAAACAUCAUGCCUCUAGUGUCUAUUGAGGUGAAAGAAUUUGGCUCGACUGUCAAAACCUGUGCUUCCCCUUGCGUUGACUAUAAAUCCAGCUUAUGUUCUUGUUCCUUUUUAAUAUGUAAACAUUUACUUUUCUUUUUUUAAAUUGGGAUGCAAGCUAACCCAUGUAGUUAGCUGUAUCAGUUGCUUGUGGUGCAGUCGAGCCUUAUCUUGCUCCUCAGCACACAUCUCACAUGAUCUGAGUCAGUUAUAUGGAUGUGGAUAGUGAUGAUUUUUUUUUACUAAAAUGCUUUACAAUAAAGAUCUUCAUCACUGGUGACCAACA